UUUUCCCGACGCUUUUAUCACUAGCUCUGAGUAAAGUCUCUUUUAUUUUCCUCAGUUUCUGCAGCUCUCCGUAAGGCUUUUUAUCGCUCUUAGCUUUUCUUUUUAGUGGUUUUCUCUGAAAAUCUAGGGUUUCUUCUUGUCCGCUUGACCUGUCUGUGAUUUACUGUUUGUUUUUCCAUUUUUGAAAUUGCAACUUCUGAGGACAUUUUGUCUCUGAUUGUUGUGCUUUCUCUAAAGUGUUACUUAGGUUUUUUUUUUUGGAGAUUUUUUCUUCUUCGGUGUUUGUGAUGGUUUUAAUGGAAAGGAGUUAGGGUUUGAAACUUGUGAGAGAUGGAAAAUUCUUGGCAGAUGAAAUGUGGCUCGUCCAAUCCAUCAACGGCUUCGUCAACCUCGCAGGAGCUUCGGAAUCAGAUGGAGACGGUUUCUAGCCACUGUUUUUAUCCUCCUAUUGCACAGGGUUUGAGAUCAACCGGGAAUGGACGGGUGUUAGAUUCAAGGUAUCCCAAUGUUCAGAGCAUAAGUUCCCGCAGACUUGGCAAUGCCGAACUGGGAAAUUCAUUUCUUGCUCUUCUUUCUGGACCACCAUCGUUAUUGCAGUGUGAUCCUCAGGAAUUUCCUAAUCCAAAUGCAUUCAGUUCCUCUUGUGGUAAACUUCCAAUUAAUGGUGGUGGUGUACUUAAUAGCACUAUUGGAAGUGGAGUGCCACCAAUAACGACUGGGCUGUUGUCCGCACAUCAGAUUAAUCGAAACAUGCAAAAUGGGUCAAAUAUUUGCUCGGCAUCUAGAGCUGUGGUAAAUUCCAAUUACAGUAGCAAAUCAGUUGUGCGUGAUGUUCUUCAAACUGAAAAAUUAGAUCUGCAGGGUUCAGACCUUGCUAAUGCAGUUAUUCAUCAAUUGGGUCCUAGAAAUGAGAGAGCGAAGGAAUUUUGUUCUGUGAAAGGGAAAUGGAAAAGUGCAAGUUCUGUCAAUAUUGGGAAGCUUUUUCCAAUAUCACAAAAAGGGCCACAAGAAGCACUCUCAUCUGUGUCUAGCCAGUCAUCUAUUUGUACAAGUGGUUGUCCCCGUGUAAUUUGCCUGGGUGCAAGUGGGGAGCUGCUUCUCAGCAAUACAGGACUUCUUGGUAUUGUGUGCUGCUGCCAUCAUUUUCAUAUGUCUGUUGCUAAAUUUUGUGAGCAUUUAGGAUUAUGUGCUGUUAACCCUGGGGAUGCUGUUCAUAUGGAGAGUGGAGAGACCCUUAGUCAAUGGCGUAAGCACUACUUCCAGAAAUUUGGGAUCAGGGUUCCAGAUGAUCAGAGUGGAUGGGACUGGCCUGAAGCAUUACCAGCAACUGCUGGUUUGGUGAAAUCUAGUGUGGUUGUGCCAAGCAUGCCCAACAAUUCUGACUUGGCUAAACUUGCUGGCUCAUCUGGAGGUGUGUCUGGACAGCGUUUAGAUAAUUUUGCUUUUGCAAAUAACCCUCAUACAGAUCAAAAUCCGAUGAUUCACUUGCUGCAUGAGAACGUUCAGAGAUAUGGUGAGGGUGAUAAUAAUCAUAUGUUCAAGGGCUUGAUUAAUACUCUGCAAGGCAACUUGCAAGCUGUGGCAGAUAACCAGAAAAUGGAGUGCCCUAUGUCUAGGUGUUCAACGUCAUCAAAGCUUGUGGAUAGAGGACCAGAUAGUGUCUUACAAUCAAUAUCUGCUUGCAUUGAUUCUCUUGUCAACUCCAGAAAUGCAUCCUUCACCCACCCUAUUUCACAGAAUUCAAGAAUCUUAGGUAAAAGUUAUGAUGUCAGCAAAAUUAAAAAUUCAUGUGAUGGGGUUACUGCCGAUAAUAUUGCUGUUUCUUCAAGCAUAGAGCUGAAGCUUGGGCAGCCAUAUCAACAGAUUCAACCUUCAGGAAAUUCUGUUACACCAGUCUGUGCACCAAAGUCAUUAGACACUCUAGUUGGAUCGUCGAAGUCUCUUUUCCUGGAGCAGAUGAUUCAUAAUGCAGCUAAUUGCAAGGAAAAGGUGGAAUCCAGACAAUAUUAUCAACGCUUUGCUGGCCCUUCAAAUUUUUCUGCAGGAGCAGAACAAAGCCAAAUGAACCUAGGAAACCACACAUUUGGAAUAUCUAGUGCCUUGGAUACUACCACCAAGCUAGAAAAAGCUGAUGGCAAUAUCAGUAAAUGUUCUGUGGUUCCGUUAGUUGCAAACUUUAAAGCACCACCAGGGAGAAAUGAAAACUCUAUAGCUAAUAAUAACAUGGUCAUCGGUGAUCAUAUCAUGCCUAAGCCAUCUAAUCAUGAAUCUGAUACUGCCAAGUCUAACCUGGUUAGUGUUCCAUGGAUUGUUGGUAAUGGUUUAGAAAGGCAAUUGAACCUUUCUGAAAUGGGUUUCUUCAAACACAAGGACAAGGGUAAAGGGACAGGAUGUGUUAUUGAUAGCUCUUUUGCCAUGACAGAUAAAGAAUGGAAAAUCCAAAAACAUUUGAAGAAUCCUAACACCUUCAGUGUAGCCAUGAGUGAAAGCAGUAAUCCCUGUUUUUCUGCAGUACAUGAAAAUAGCUGUCAUUUGCCACAGUCAACAGGGCUGCCACCAGUUACAUUUGAUGCCAGAAACCUUCUUAACCAUCCUGAGGAAGUUCCUUCUUUUGGGAGUGAUGGGCAUGUAAACCCUGCUUUCAUGAGAUCCAUGGGCCCACCUGUGGGUUCUGGGCAAAUUUUACAACCACAAGCUGUCUCGAUGGCGUUUCCUUCAACCACUUCUACCUCCUUGCAGGGGAUGGCUCCAGCUGUCUCAAAACUGGAGGGCAUAACUGUGAACCCCUAUUUGCUGGAUGAAAAUAGGAGACGGCUUGCUUUUAGGCAGAUAUUGGAGUUAUCCAAACAGCAACAUACUUCCCUUGCCCUGGACUUGGAUAAAGGGAGAGUAGUUAAUCUUUCUAAUUUCAAUAUUCAAUACCCUCUUGCUGAGUCUUCUACAUUUGGAGACCAAAGGCUUAUUCCAAAAUUUACCAGCCCACAAAAUGUUUCUGAAGUUGCCAUGGUAUCACCCUCAUCUGGUGCGUAUACUAGAUUGGGUUUUAAUGUUGAAAGAACACCCCCUGUGACAGAUUUGAACAGCUUUUGUGACUUCUCAACUUCGACUCAAGGGAAAUCAUUGCUUUCCAGAGAGGUUGAUCUGCAGUGCCAAUUUUCUCAUGAUUGUCUUCCAAAUAAGCAGCUUUCAUUGAGAGGUGAAAAUGGUACUGCUUCAACUGAAUGUGCACAAUGCUACCAGGGAAUGCCUUGUGCAUAUUUUCUGGGGCAGUUUGGCUGUGCAGCUUACUCAACGUGCUUGGGAGGGAACUUCGAGUUAAAGACUGGAAGCUCUACAAAUACCUUCAAGGAUCAGUUGGGAAAUGUCAAUGGUGAAACCUCUAUGCUGGACGGUGCUGGUCCAAACAAAAACAGUGUUUCCUUGGACCAAAGAGGAAAAUCAAAGGGGCAACCAUGUAAUACCAUUGUCUGUCAUGCUUCUCAGUGGAGAGAUGUCCCAAGCAAGUUUAAAGGGGUCUCUAAUGUGACAGGUUUGGAGUGUUCAGCAAAUGUGUUGGACGGGAGGGGACAUAUGGAGGGUCAGGUUGGCCAUGCUGCUAAAUGCUCUUAUGGAACCAUGAAGAUACCCAACUCCUUGAAAGAGCGAGAAAUGUCUAAUGUUUCCUCUGGAUGCUCUGCUGCUGCUAUUACUCAGGCAUCAAUUCAGAUCAGCAAUAUGGAUUCUCCUACUGUUGAUGCUGGGAAUACCAGAUAUGUAAAUAAUCAUGUGGUUGAUGAAGGAUCAGGAAUUGACAAAUGCUGGUCAUCAGAUGAUGCCCUUGAAAGUGAAAGAAGUGCUGAGUUCCUGGGCUCUAAUAGUAACUUCAGUAAAGAAGGAUCUUCCAAUGUUUUAAAUAAACAAUCAUCACGUAGUCUUCUUGACGAGCUUAAGCUCUUAGAUUCCUUGACAUGGAAGAAAAACUGGAAUCAAUUUCAUACAAGGCUUCCUGUCCAUGGAAAGGUCAAUUUAAAAAAAAAUGAGAGAGGCUUUAAAACUGGGAAGAGAAAGAAAUCAGAGAAAUUUAAGAUGCUGGAAGCACCAUUUCUCGCUGCUAGUACUCUGGUAGUACACCAUGAACGCCCUAAAGGUACUGACACUUCUGAGCCUGGCCCAACCAAAGAUGUGGAAAUGCUUCAACCAUCUGUGCAAGAAACUUAUAGGUCUGGUGCUUCUUUUUUUGGACCUGGUUCUAAAUUUGGAAGGUCUACAUUGUCUUCAUCCAAAGAAUCGUCUCGUAAAAGAGAUCUAGAAAUGAUUAAUGGUCAUAGGGAUGGAGAAGACGAUUAUGACAUGGAACUAAACAGCAACUCUAACCUUGGCAAAAACCAUGAUCUUUCUGGCACGAAGAAAUUAAAAAGGGCUUGGACUUCUGAUUGUAUUCGGAAGUCACAGAUGGAAGAACUAACACCUGCAGACUCUAAGAGUAGUGUAAUGUGCAAAUCAUUUGGGUUUUUAAAGGCUUCUUCUGGUUGUGAGGGAAGCAUUUAUUUUAGAAAAGCAAGGCCUGUUGUAUGUGGGAAGUAUGGUGAAAUAUCUUGUGGAGAACAUACUGGAGAUGUGUCAUGGCCUGUAAAAAUUGUUUCUCUUAGUAAGGUUCUCAAAGCUGCGAGAAGAUGUGCAAUAUCCGAAAAUUGCAAGCCUAAAGUAACUUUCCCCAAGGACUUGAAGAAGACAUGGUUCUCUGGAAGUGAUGCAGAUUUGAAGAAAGAGGAAGAAAGUGGAAUGCAUCAUGCUUCGAUCUUUAACGAAAUGAACAUUGAUCCUUUUGUAGUAAGUGACAAGAUUUGCCCCAAAUGGGGCAAGCUGUUUGUUGAUGAGAAAUCCAUUUCAGAGGAAGAGUGUGAAGCUGAAGGCAAGAAGAAGUGCAAGAUUUUGAACACUAGUGUUCAUCCUAAAUUAAAGCCUAAGAGUAAGGAAAUUCGCAAGCGCAGUCUUUUAGAGCUAACAAAGAAAGGAAGAACUUUUGGUUCUGUAAGUUUUGCCCAUAUGAAGAGCUCAAAAGGCAUGCCAAAAAUGAAAAUGGGGAAAAUUUUAAAGAAUGCUGAGGGUAAUGGGCAUCAUAUCGGUGGAUCAUGCAAAGUUGGUGCUGAAAAAUUAAAUCAAAAGCACAGGUCUUUGUCUGCUAUGGAUUUGGAUGCAUUCUGCUGUGUGUGUGGAGGCUCAAACAAAGAUGAAAUCAAUUGCUUAUUAGAAUGCAGUCGCUGUUUCAUCAAAGUGCAUCAGGCUUGCUAUGGUGUUUCCAGAGUACCUAAAGGUCACUGGUAUUGCAGACCAUGCAGAACCAGAUCUAAAGAUAUUGUUUGUGUUCUCUGUGGUUAUAGCAGUGGGGCUAUGACUCGGGCACUUCAAUGUCGCACAAUUGUGAAAAGCCUUUUGAAAGCUUGGAAUGUUGAAACAGAAUGCAGGCCCAAGAAUGCUGUAUCUUCAGCUGAAAUUGUUGAGGAUGAUCUGAAUUUUAUGCGUUCACCUGAAGCUAUACUUGAUGGCAAUAAAUUUCCUGUGUUAAGACCUGUAAAUAUUGAGCCAACAAGUACUGCUUUGUGGAAAGUGGAUUCACCAAACCAGUUGGAUAAUGUUCACAAUUCCUUGUGCUGUGUUAAUAAUUUGAAGGUGCAUAACAGCAUUACUGCCGGGUUACAUGAUUCAACUGUUAAGCAGUGGGUUCAUAUGGUCUGUGGGCUCUGGACACCUGGAACACGGUGUCCCAAUGUUGACACCAUGAGUGCCUUUGAUGUUUCUGGGGUUUCACGUCCCAAAGAAAAUAUGGUAUGUUCUAUGUGUAAUCGACCUGGUGGCUCAUGCAUACGGUGUAGGGUCGUAAAUUGCUCUAUAUAUUUUCAUCCUUGGUGUGCUCACCAGAAGGGACUCUUACAAAGUGAAGUUGAGGGGGUUGAGAAUGAAAAUGUUGGUUUUUAUGGAAGGUGCCAGCUCCAUGCCACUCACCCCUUGUGUGAGUCCCAUAGUGAUCCCAUUGACAAUGAGCUGAACUGUUCGAGAGAGAAGGAAUUGACCUGUGCCAGGACAGAGGGUUACAAGGGUCGAAAACGGGAUGGCUUUUGGUACAACCUUUAUGGUCAGUCAAGAGGGAAGAGUGGGCUUGUUCCUCAGGAUCAGCUAAAUGCUUGGAUUCACAUUAAUGGUCAGAAGUCAAGCACACAGGCGCUUCAAAAUCUGCCAGUGUCAGAUGUUGAGUAUGACUCUCGGAAAGAAUAUGCUCGCUACAAGCAAGCAAAGGGCUGGAAACAUUUGGUAGUUUACAAGUCUAACAUCCAUGCCCUUGGUCUUUACACAUCUCGGUUCAUUUCCCGUGGUGAAAUGGUGGUUGAGUAUGUGGGUGAGAUCGUGGGACUGCGAGUGGCUGAUAAAAGGGAAAUCGAGUAUGACUUGAGAAGAAAGCUUCAGUACAAGAGUGCUUGUUAUUUCUUCAGGAUUGAUAAAGAACAUAUUAUUGAUGCAACGUGCAAGGGGGGGAUUGCACGUUUUGUCAAUCAUUCUUGCCUGCCAAAUUGCGUGGCCAAAGUGAUCUCUGUAAGGAAUGAUAAAAAGGUUGUGUUUUUGGCUGAGAGAGACAUUUAUCCAGGCGAAGAGAUAACAUAUGACUAUCAUUUUAACCAUGAAGAUGAAGGGAAGAAGAUCCCUUGUUUUUGCAAUUCAAAAAAUUGCAGAAGGUACUUGAAUUGAUUUGAUUUGAUGAUGAUAUGAAGACGACAUUCAACACACUUGUUGUAAGUAGUAAUUCAUUUUUUGGAAAUUUUGGCUUCUGUGUAUGCAUGAAACAUUAUUAUAUAUAUGUAGAAAGCAGAAGCUACCUUUUGUUUUACUGAAAGCUAUUAUUAACUAGUUUGCUUAUUUUUUACAAUAAUAUUUUAUGUACUCGGUUGACUGAAGUGAA